GAAGCUCCGACCUUCUCCGUACUGGACGCGCCCUUAACAACCAAUGGCAGCAGCAGCCAUUUCACAGGCGGCGUCAUGACCUUCAUCCUCAAUACCCGCAACCGAAACCAAGGAAAGUACACCAAUGACUACGGCACCUCCGAAGCAUCCCUCUACUUGGGCGAUGCCGAUGCUGCACCGGUGCUGGUUGCGAACACCACAUUGGGUGCAUUUUUGCAGUCUCCCGGGUCCUCCAAUAACCUCACCCUCACAUUUCCUGCACCUGCCGCCGUCCCUAGUGACACCUCCAACGCUAUUAUAAAGAUGACGGCUCCAUUUCGGUUCAAUUACAUAUCGGAUUAUGGGCAGCUUCAGGUCUUGUGCCAGUUGUCCUACUCUUCCAAGCUGCAGGGUUUUGACAUCCCCAGCAAAGGCAGCAAGUGUGACGUACUCAUCACUUGCUGGAUCAGUAGGCGCGGAUACAAAAUUUGUCGCACAUCCGGUGCGUAGAGGAAGGUAUAGCGUGUGAAAUGCUCUUGAUGUUAGAGUAAUCAACACAGAAACUAUCAAGUCAUACACUCACUGUAUUUAUUUGAUACUUCGUAUUAAUUCUUGUUGUAUUUUGCCAUUACGAACAGUGUUUCGGCAGAUUUUGUAGUUGUAUUUUGCAUUUUUACUUUUGUCAUAAUUUUAUAAUUAUAUGUGUUGUAUUAAAUUGUGAGUAACAUAACAUGAAGUUCGUGUUUAUUUAUACUCCCAUUGUCCCGAAAUAGCUGGUCUUGGUUGAACAAGAGGUACUUG